AGCGUGUCGUUUGCCCUGCGGGUGCAGUGAGGCAGAGGCUCCGCUUGGACUGAGGCUUUGAGUGCAGAGAGGUGACCCCGGAGUGCUGGGGGGUCUGUGGUGGGUGCCACCAUGGCCCUUGAGCAGCUCAAGUUCAAGGAGCUGGGUGAGGAGGAGGCUGCCUGGAAGGAAGAGAGCCUGGACAGCGUGAAGGCACUGGCGGCCAAACUGAAGCUCCAGACGCGGAGACCUUCCUACCUGGAAUGGGAAGCCCGAGUGCGGGGCCAGCCCUGGCACGCUCAGACCCCCGGGGGAACGAGGGGAGCACAGAAGAGCAUGGGGCACCACGAAGACCAACAUGAUGGUGGCAUCUGUGGGUUCGCCACCAUGGAGGCAGCUCUGGAGUGGCUCAGGAUGGAGCUGCAGGAGAUGCAGGCAAUGGACCAGCACCUGGCACAGCAGUUGAUGCACCUGCGGGCACAGCUGCACCAGCUGAAGGUGGAGCAGGCCUGCCACCAGCACAAGGAGAUGUUGGACGAUGCUACCUUUGGCCUUGAGGGCUGUGAGGAAGACUCGGAUCUGCUCUGCAACAUCCCACCCAAGGCCGCCUUCCUGCUCUCCAUGCCACUUAAGCACAUCGGCAUCACCCGCAUGAACAUCAGCUCCCGGCGGUUCUCCCUCUGCUGAAAGUAGCAG